CGCAGCAAUGACAGCUGUCUCUUGUGGUGAUCUUGUAGAAAUUACUAUGACGCCUGAUAUGAGGAGGAAGACUUACCAUUAUGUUUUAAAUACUCCUGCUUGUGCUCCUAAUAUUGCUUUAGCUGUUGGACCUUUUGAAACUUAUGUGGACCCCCAUAUGCACGAAGUGACCCACUUUUGUCUACCACAACUAAUGCCAUUAUUGAAGAACUCUGUUCGAUAUAUGCAUGAAGCUUUUGAGUUUUAUGAGGAAACUUUAGCUACAAGAUAUCCAUAUCCUUGUUAUAAGCAAGUUUUUGUUGAUGAGACUGUUCAAGAUGUAGCUGCCUACACUACCAUGAGCAUUCUGAGUACUCAUUUGCUUCAUUCCAUAGCUAUAAUUGAUCAAACUUAUAUAACCAGGAAAGCAAUGUCUCAAGCAAUAGCUGAACAAUUCUUUGGCUGCUUCAUUACUAUGCAGAGCUGGUCUGACACCUGGCUCAAUAAAGGAAUUGCUGAAUAUCUAUGUGGGUUGUACUCGAAGAAAUGUUUUGGAAAUAAUGAUUACAGAGAGUGGGUUAGACAGGAAUUGUUGGAUAUAGCUCAUUUACUUGAAUUGACUUGA